AUGGAUAUAGAAACGGCGUCUUCCAAUCGUUCUCUCGAGGUGCUAGAUGAUGUACUCGGGAAUCUUUCGUAUUCAAGUGAUGAUAGUUUAAAUCAAAUAUACUUGACUGCCACUGGUUUAUUGUGUGAAGAGAACCUUUUAUUCCAAAAAAAAGCAUAUAAAACACUAAAUAAAUUUUUCAGCAGCCAAAAUUCCAAAGUUUUCUUAUUGCAAAAUAUUGAUGAUUUCCAAAACAAGUUGUCUCAAGCUACUAUUGUCACCGUAUCUGCGGCAAAGAAGCACCGCUUAAUCGUAUUAAUCAAUGUCAUCAAACAUUUACCCGCCUCCGAUCUUCAUAUGAUUCCCGAUAUAUUAUCAGAGGCGAUUCUUUGCACCAAGGAAGUAAACGCUGAAGCGCGGCAACUUGCAUACGAAUUAUUAAUAGUCAUGGGGAAUAAGAUGAAAGACGGGGGAAUCGUGGUAAUGAGUAAAGUCUCGGAUGCAGAUCAAGAGUCUUCUAAUGUGAAUGCUUCUAUCGAUGAAUUUAUUUUCAGAAUGGUGGUUGCUGGCUUAGCUGCUACAACCCCUCAUAUGAUUAGUGCUACUAUCACAUCGUUAUCAAGGCUGAUUUUUGAAUUUAAGGAUCACUUAAAUACCAAAUUGACACAUCAACUUUUGGACACGAUGGAUCGUUUUGUACGACAUCGAGAUCGUGAAGUAGUCAAAUCGGCGCUAGGCUUCGUAAAAGUGGUAGUCAUUUCGUUAAAUGUCGAAAUUGUCAGUGCUCAUCUUACACAAAUCAUACCAGGCAUUCUAAUGUGGUCACGAGAACACAAAAGUCGCUUUAAGGCCAAAGUGAAACACAUAUUUGAACGAUUAAUAAGACGUUUCGGAUAUGAAGUUAUCGAACAACACACUCCGGAAUCUGAUCGUAAAUUGUUGGUAUAUAUUCGUAAACAGAAAGAACUCUCAAAACGAAAGAAAAAGAAUAAUACGCGGAAUAAAAAGAAUUUGGUAAAGGAUAAAUUUGAUUCUGAUUCACUUUCGCGGUCUUUAAGAAACUCUAUAUUGAAAAAUGCCUAUGCUGAUAAUGAUGGAUUAUUUGAGAGUGAAAGUGAAUCAGAUUCUUCUAACGAUGAAAGUCAUUAUUUAGAAUCAAUACGAUCAAAAGACGGAUUUACCCGAGGUCAACGCAACAAGAUCAAAUUCAAUAAUAAAAGGAACAAUAAUGGUGAUGGUGACGACGACGAUGCGGAAUUGGAUGAACAGGAGCCGAUUGAUAUUAUCGCGAAACGAAAUGCAAAGACCAACAGCAAUCUCAAAAGAAAAUACAAGGAAAAAAUGGUCCCUCUGGGGAAAGAAUAUAAAGCAAAAAAUGCCGAGGGAGAUGUCAAGCGAAAAGGAAAACCUGAACCAUACGCUUAUGUACCACUAACUAAAAUGUAUCGCAAGUCUGGGCAAAAAGGACACAAAAUUUCUCUAACUUCAAAGGGGAAAGUACAAAAAAGACGAAAAUAG